AUGGUCUGGGUCCAGCACCACAACGAGUUGUGCCCUCCCAAUCAUACAUCCAACAGGCCGGUGCUGCUCGCGCCCCCGCUCCCACCGCGCCAGCAGCAGCACCAUACAGAGUACUAUGCCGACGGGACGCCGGUCGUCGACUGCCCGGACCCAUGGUACCAGAUGGCGCCGGCGCCGGCCGUGCCCCUGCCCGUCGUGCCAGCGAGCACCACGCCGCCGAUGUACGCGCAGCCGUCGGCGUCGGGCUGCAAUUCUUGGCGCGAGGACGCGGCGCUCGACGCCUUCGGGCUGGGCUUUGGCAUGUGGAUGAGUCCCGGUCUGUCGCCGGCGCCGUGCAGCAAGGCGUCGAGUAACUCGACACCGGGGCUCUCGCCGCCUGGCAUGGCGUCUUCGGCGCCGACAAGCGCCAGUCUGCAGACUACACCGUCGUCCUCGCCGCUGCACCUGGCGCCGAAUGGCGCGGCCUACGCCCCCGCGCCGGCGCUCCUCCCCAUCCCUUCGCGGCUGCCGCCCGUCCCCCGUCUCGGGCGACCACCGCUGCACCGCGCGGCGCCGUCGGCCGCUGUGCCUACUCCUCCCCCGCCACCACCGCCGCAACAGCCAGCCUGGAUGGCGUCCUACGCGCCCGCAACGUCCCCACAGCUGCCGUACUCGGCGUACCCGUCCUCGCACAACAACCCCAUCAACCGCCCCUAA